UUUUGAUUGGCAGAAUGAGGAGACACAUAUUAAAUUAGAAGUGGAAUAUGUAUCACAGUUCAAAAUAAUUAUCGAACCCUGUCUCGUAUAUUUGAACUUGAACGCACAAUAAAAAGACGAAUCGAAUGAGCGGUGUACACUAACACAGAUGUACGUGAAUAACUAUAAUUGUAAUGUCAGCUGUCAAACAUUAAAACUAGUACUUACUUACCUCUUAAAUCAUUCUUUAUCCGGGUACCUUUGUGACAAAUAUGAUUGAAGCGUCUUAAAGUUGAAGACAGAGAAGGAAUCUAUUUCACUAGCUAAAUGUGUUUCAAGCUUUCCUGCACGGUCAUUUAAUACAAUCGGUGUCCUAAUACAUCGUCAAUUUCAUAAAUGAUAGAAGAGAUCUGUCAUCUUUCCUGAAAGAAUCAAACUUUAAUCGAGCAAUGUUAGAAGAAGAACUUAGUACCAUUGUUUUACCUACAUUGUCUACCAUGCUAUUUUUUAUAUUUACAUUAUACUUCUUCCGAUACCUUAUAGGAGAACCUCAUAUUCAUAUACGAGAUGUUACCAAACAGCAUAAUUGGAAAUCUCUGAGAAAAGAAACUAAGGCAUAUUAUUGUAGCAUAUGUGAAAAUUUGUUAUUAAAUGUUGAUGGGUUGAUGUGUGAUUGCUGUGGCGUAUAUGUGGAUCCUAGUUGUGUGAAGAUUGCAGACAAGCAAUUGAAGUGUAAAGUUAUUCGUUUAAAUACAAACGAGCCAAUGAAGCACCAUUGGGUGAAGGGUAACUUGCCACUGUCUACUACAUGUGACGUAUGCAACGAGGAAUGCGACAUGGAACCUGGGCUAACAGAUUCGUGGUGUUGCUGGUGUCAAAGAUCUGUUCAUGAAGAUUGUAAACCUAAACUCCCUGAAAUAUGCGACUUUGGUAAAUUUAAAUUGUUGAUAAUUCCACCGAGCAGCUUAGAAGUUGUAAAUCAACGCAAUGCCGUGAGACGAAGAUUACAACUUCGUACGGUUAUACCACCAGAAUGGCCUAAUUGGAGACCUCUUAUAGUAGUUGCGAACAAGAAAUCUGGCAAUAAAGAUGGAGGAGAAAUCUUGUCUUUAUUUAGAAGGUUACUUAAUCCUGCACAAGUUGUUGAUUUAUCGGAACGUGAUCCCGUUGUUGCUCUUGAAUGGUGUCGCUUAAUAGGAAAAGUGAAAUGCAUUGUUCUCGUAGCAGGUGGAGACGGCACGAUAGCCUGGUUAUUAAAUGCUAUUCACAAACUUCAAUUAGAGCCAGAUCCAUCUGUGGCAAUUAUUCCUCUGGGAACAGGAAACGACUUGUCCAGGGUAUUAGGAUGGGGAAAGGAACACGAUCUGUACAGAGACCCUGCGCAUAUAUUACAGGAAAUACAAGCAGCACGAGAAGUGCAACUUGAUAGGUGGACUGUGACGGUGAAACCAUAUGGUGGAUUGGGACUACGCGGUUCGCAUCAGCAAUUUCAUAUGUAUAAUUAUCUGGGUAUAGGAGUUGAUGCGCAAGUAACGUUACAGUUUCAUCGCACAAGGGAGAGCCGAUUUUACUUUUAUAGCAGUAGAUUAUUCAAUAAGCUACUAUACCUAUGUUUUGGUACACAACAAGUGGUGGAAAGGGAAUGCAAAGAUCUUGAGAAGCAUAUAGAACUGUAUUUAGAUGACGUUAAAAUGGAAUUGCCCGCUAUCGAGGGCAUCGUGGUCUCGAAUAUACCUUCUUGGGGCGCAGGCGUUAAUCUUUGGAAUUCAGUUCGCGAAGAACACGGAAAGCAAAGUUUUAACGAUGAAAAAUUGGAGGUAGUUGGACUUUACUCGUCUUUCCAUAUGGCCCAGCUUCAAGUGGGACUUUCUCAGCCUUAUCGAAUCGGCCAAGCUAAAUCUAUAAAGAUGAAGUUACUGAAAUCAUAUGCCAUGCAAAUCGAUGGGGAACCUUGGUACCAACAUCCUUGCGAAGUUAAUAUUACAUACUGCAACAAAGCGUCUAUGUUGGUGAACACUCUUGCGUAGGCGAAUUACUUAAAUUUUAUUAUCAUAUUUAUGAGAUCGUAUUUAUGUACAUUCCAAUGGUUGGUAUAGAUUGCCAAGAAAUUUAACAUGCCUUGUUAAGAGAACUUACAUAGUUUAAGGCGAUAAAAAUGGUGAGCGGUAUUAAUAGCUUUUCUGUAAACAAAGAGAUAUCUAGUCAUUAUUCUGGAGAACUGUUAUAUCUGUACAUUACUCUUUAAAUAAAUGAAGUGUAAUUUUAAA